CCAUAGAAUUAAAAUGGAGUCUGUUUUGCGAGUGUAAACACGUGCUUUUAUUUUUACGUGGAAGAAGACACAGCAGAAACAAUAAUUAAAGAAAGAAAGGCGAAAUGUAUUCCUUGCCGACUUUUGCCACCAAAUGUGGCGGAAAUAGUUUAAAAUCACUGCCAUUACCUUCUGUUUUUACUAGUUAUUCGAAUAAUGAGAAUGGAGUUUAUGACAGUUCCCCAUUUUUCACUCUGGGAAGUGGAUUUACUACUAAUAAUAAUAAUAGUAAUAGUUUGUGUAUUAAGAAAAGUUAUCCUCAACCUAAAUAUAAACCGCGGAACAAUUCUGGAUAUAUACGAUUUUACGGAAAAGGAAAUAACAUUGGAAGUAAACAGUUUUGUUGUGAUCCUUGUGGGAGAGCGUAUUCAGAACAAUGGCAAUUAAAUCAACAUUUAGCAAAACAUGUGAAGUGUGAUUUUGAUGGUUGUUUCUUUCAAGCUCAUUCAAAGUUGGUAGAAUUACAUAAAAAAUUGCAACAUUAUACUGGACUUGCACAUUAUUUUAUGAAAUUAGAUACUCCUGAAGAUAUUAAAAGAUGGAGGGAAACAAGAAGAAAAAAUUUUCCAACUGUUGAAAAAAUAAAAAAACAUGAAGCAGAACAAGCUGAGAAACUUGCAAGAGGAGAAAUAUUAGAGACUAAAUCAUUUGGAAAAAUGAAAUCCUCUAAAAAACAUAGUUAUUAUGUGCAGAGAAAGAAGUUUUUCACAAAAAGAAAAAGAAGGAAAGUAACAAAUCAACAAAAUGUAAACCGUACUGUAAAUAAAAAUUGUAACAAAGCAAUUCAGCUUCCAAAAUCAGUAUUAUCAGAUGAAGAUGUCGACAAUACAAAAGGAAUGGUACAGAAAUUUACUGGAAUUGCUUUAAACAAUGAUGAUAAAGAUGAUGAAAUGGAUUUUUUAUUUAUUAACUCUGAAUUUUUGUCAUCAGAAUGUAAACAAGGAGCUAAUUUAAAUGAGGCUAGCAUUGAACAAAACUGUUUAGAAUUGGAUAAAUUUUCUAUAAGUGAUUCUGACAGUGAAUUAGCAGAAAAAACUUCAGCAACACCUUUGUCAGAAAAUGUGAUGACAAACGGUUUACAACAAAAUAAAAAUUUGAAUAAUGAGUCAGUAUUGAAUUCGAACCAUGUAGGUUGUUUUGAAAUGGAGGAUGACGACGAAACUAAAUUAAAAUCAUCUUAUUUUGUAGCUGAUAAAGUAAUUGAAGAAUCUGAUGAUGAGAAACCCUUGGAACAGAUCAUAAUAAAAAAAACUAUUGAAGAAAAACCACUUGAAACUAAAAUUGGAGGUGCUUUAGGAAGUUUGAUUGCUAACUAUGGUUCAGAUUCUGAAGAAGAAAAGCAAGAAGAGGAUAAGAUACCUGAAAAAGUCGAAAAUAAAAUACAUGAAGUGCCAAAACAAGAAACUACAAAACCUGCUCAGCAACUGAAAAAAACUAGGCAGAUGGCACCUUCUCGGAGGACAAAUCAAUCGAGGCAUAGACCACAAUAUACUCUCUUAGAAAAACUUCUAGCCAAUGAAAUUCGCCACGAAAAAAAUGUGAUUAUGCAGUGCAUUCACUACAUCAUGAAGAAAAGUUUUUUUGACCCGAUUUUUUGAGAUUGCUGAAUAUGUGAUUAAUAUUUUCGUUGGAUCAUAAUUAUUAAUUGUGAUAACCAAAAAUGAAAAAUGUGUA